ACUUCAGUGUUAUGUGUGGUGGGGCUUGCUCUUUCCCCCUGUGGUUGUGUAUUAUAGGAGGGAUGUUGUGGCCUUAGGGUGUGCUGACAGCGAGAUGACCAUGCACAGGGCGGCUGUCAAUCAGGUCAGCGCGUGCCACGCAGAAAUGAGGAAGGCCAGCGCGCGAUCCUCCUGGCGGAAUCUCUCCACGGAGACCGCUGCCCUAAUUUAAGCCUGUAUGCGUGCGCGCGGGGACAUUCUACAGCAGUAGUAGCCUACUCUGCGCUACCCCUCAGAUGAAACAGAGCGAGUCAUUCCUCCCGGUGUUCAGGCAGAAAGGGAGAGAGGGAGAUUAUUAACCGGAGACGACAGUUCAGCUACGGCCAUCCUAUCUUAGAAUAAUCCCCCCCAAACAGCCGCUGACGUGGGAUGAAUGUUUCAUUUCAUUUUUCUUUAACAGCGAACAUAUCUAUACCGUUCAACGGCAAAAUAGCUCACCGGCGGUCGGAUAGAAACCGUGCGCUCAGACAGCCUGCCUUGCUGAGCUGCACUGAUACUGCAGAAGAGCCCAAUCGUGGGCAGUUGCAUAAUCCUUCAGUGGGCCCCGCUGCUAUUUUUGUUCCUGGAUACGCGUCUCUGUGAGGUAUUUUCUGUGGUGACUCACUUACAUCAGUGGGUCUUGUGCUGUGCGCGCAGACGGCAAGACAUUCGCUUCACCACGAAUCGUUUGGCUUUUUCCCCUUGACCCUGGCGAGAGGUCAGCCGCUACUACCGGGGCGAAAAGGAAUAUAACUAAAAUCUGGCCAGAUGUGCUGAAUUGGAGGCUGUCAAGACUGGCAGCCAGCCAGUUGAAGAGGCACACCUGACCCCUCAUGACUCACUGGUUACCAGCACUUUCCUCUUGAUGAGAAGUUCCCGCCCAGCUGCUCCGUUGGGGUCACACACAAGACUCUAACAGCUCAUAGUAGACCACAGGCAUGAGGACAGACAGGACGACUUUCUCCUCCACUAUUCCACGCUGAAAAAUGCCAAACACUGAAAACAGCUGAUAUCUCUCAGCUCAAAUUUGACUGCAUUACUGAACAAAAAAAAUGUUGUUACACUGAGGACACUGGAGAAGAGAAGACGUAAAUCCUCAGAUGAAAAGACAACAAAAAACGGCACAUCCUUUAAAAACAGCCUGAAUGUGAUGCUUGGAUUUCGUUUGGGAGAUUGUUCAUCUAACAUCUCCUCAGCCUGAGACAGUGCUUAAGCGAUGUAAAGGACACCGCCCUAUAGCUUAUCAGAAGGCAUAUUGACAUUGAUGUCAUGGAUUCCCUCGAGGGCACUGACAGCUUGAGGUGCUCAAAGGACGCUGCUGAGCAGAAUCCCCAUUCAGCCUCAUUCAGAAGCAGAACUCAGCCCGCUGUAAAUGUAAAUAAAGACAAGAGUCCCCCCCAGCGCGAGGGGUCCUCCUCCUCCUCAGUGCAGGGGCCCGGGGACAGUAUUGUCAAAGGCGGCUCGCCGGACACGCCUACCUCUGGAACUUCACCACCACCACCACCACCACCAGAAAUCCAGCAGCAGUUGCAGGUUCCCAACACUAGUGGCCACUAUCACCGUUCGUCAUCUCCCAAGCCUGGUGACAGCAGUGAUGCGGCUUCCUGCAGGGCCGCGUCGCAGCAGCCGUGGCCUUUUGUCAGUCAGCAGCCUCAGCAGCCAUUCACUUCAAGGAACCUCAUGGCGUCGUCUCAGCCCUGCGAGCACGGGCGAGUCCAUUUCCGGAAGAAAAUGACGGGUUUUUCAGCCACGUCCAGGCAGCUCUAUCAACUGGGAAUCGGUCAGCAGCUAGCAGAGGGGCUUAGCAAAAGGGAGCCGAAACCUGGAAAGAAGCCUGGAAAGUACAUCUGCCACUACUGUGGGAGAGCGUGCGCCAAGCCCAGUGUCCUGAAAAAGCACAUCCGCUCUCACACCGGUGAGAGGCCCUACCCAUGUGUCCCGUGCGGCUUCUCUUUCAAGACAAAGAGCAAUUUGUACAAACACCGAAAGUCUCACACGCACGCUGUUAAAGCUGGCUUGCUGGCAUUAUCCGAGAAAGACACCCAUCCUUCUGGGGUGGACCAAGAGCUCCUGGCAGAAGGGGAGAUGCAGUCAGAUGCAGAGCAAAGCACAGACACUGACGAGGAGGGCUCUGAAGACUUGUUUCUGGACUGUCUCAGUUCAUUCGAGGGCACUGAAGGGAAGUGGACAAAAGAGUCACCUGGCAUACCGUCUGUGAAGGUGACCACGCCAAGUGCCACGAGAAAAGAAAUCAUGUCAGCGUCGGGGAAGGUUUCUCUGUCCCGGUUCAGGGAAAUGAGAGCCACCCCGUCUAUAGCGGAGGUUGAGCAGGCCGUGGAGUCCUGCACCAUCAAACAAAAACUCGCCCUCCGUCUCACAGAGAAAAGGAGCCAAGACUCUGAGCAUUCUCUGUCUCUGCCAGGCUCCAGCAGUAAAGGGAGCACAGACUCCGGCUACUUCUCUCGCUCAGAGAGUGCAGAGCAGCAAGUCAGUCCGCCGUGCACAAACGUCAAAUCAUAUCAAGAGAUAAUGUUUGGGAAGUGCUAUCGACCCUCUCCCAAACCAAGACAAUCAAUCACAGUUCAAACCUGUGUGACGGACACAAAUGACAGCAGAUCAAGUUUUAUGGUCAAGCCGGGCAAGAAUAAGAUACCAGAGGAGGGUAUCCAUUUAUCUGCCUGUAAGAAGGACUUGGCUGCAUUAAUCAAAUUGGAGUCAAAUUGGCCACACGAAUGUCAAGAGUCUCCAAAAUCAGAUCAAAUUACCACAUCCUCCUAUCAACUCGAAGCUCCCUCAGACACUGCGUCCCUUAUGCGGAGCAAUUCCCUGCCCACCUCGACUGCAGCAGAUCUCAGUAUUCCUCCACCAGGAGGACUUCAAAGCAGUCGUUCUUUCGACGAGAGAAUGACGGCCGAUGACGGAAUGUAUUCCGGCCAAGGAGGGAUGAGGAGGCUGAUGAGGCAGGCGGCCUUUGAGCUACCCUCCUCGCACGAGAGCCACGCCGCGGACAGCUCAAAAGCAGCAGGGACAGAAAUCUCCCACGAGGCCGAGCAACUCUUGGCUACACAGCAUGGCUAUGUGACAGACCCCGCUACGAGAAAACGUAGAAAGCAAAAAGGUGUCAUGGAGGAGGAGGACUCUACCACCUCCACCUCCACCCAAUUUGUCAAAUCUGUAGAAAUGGUUGAUCUUUCGACCGAAUGUGAAUCAAAGCAGAAUGUGAGUCAAAGCAAUGUUAUCUCUGUAAUUCAGCACACAAACACUGUUAGCCGAAUGGGCUCCGUAGAAAGACAUGCGGAGGGCGAAUCACACCGGGACAAACAAAGCUCACAGACAAUGGCAGAGCAAAGUGAUGUCAAGCCUAUGAAGAGAGAGACACAGAUGCAUGUUCUGUCGCAGCCUGAAGUUGUAGGUCAGUUUAAGGAUGUUAACAAAUCAGCAACCCAACCCAGCACUCAACCACGUAAAUUAACUGGUCAACCGAGCAUCCAAGUCCCUGAAAUUAGGGUGACUGAGGAACCGGAUAGAUCCCCAAAGCCCCCUGACGUCCAACCCAAGCACCGUGACAAGCCCACUGAGGAGUUCCAGUGGCCACAAAGAAGUGAGACCUUGUCUCAGUUCCCGGUGGAAAAACUGCCACCUAAAAAGAAGAGAAUACGUCUAGCAGAUCUUGAGUACUCCUCCGGUGACUCGAGCUUUGAAUCUGCCUGUACGAGUCUCUCGAGGAGCCCAAGCCAAGAUAGCAACUUGUCUCACAGCUCCAGUUUCUCUUUGUCUCUCGAUAGGGAAGAGAGCCUUGUGUCAGGAGGACCUGUGACUAAAUAUGAUGAGUAUGGCAAGCCGUUGGAGUUCCUGUCUGUGCCAGGCUGCUGCCACACUCUCUCCAUACCCGGUGAACAUCGGCUAAAGGAGAUGAGGCGGUCUGCUUCAGAGCAGGCGCCAUUUAUGCCAGAGACGGAACCCCCAGACUUACGGAGCAAGUCUUUCGACUAUGGAUACCUUUCUCCCAGGUCCAGACAAGGGGAGGCCUACGCCAGUGCAGGAGGGAUAAAGCAACGCAGAAGAGGUUACUUGGUGAGGCAGGCAUCACUGAGUGUUGAACCAGAGGGAUCAGCGGCACAAGAGAAAACUGCUGAUAUAUCCGUAAAACAAGACUCUGAAUCCAUGUAUCAUAAUCCACCCUCUGCCCACGAUUCUUCUGUAAAUAGAUUAGGUAAGAUUAUCACAGACACAGAGCACACUGGAUGCAUUCAAGCAAGUAGUCCUGAGGGUGCAGUUGAGAUGCAGACAGGGACACCAUCUCCUGACAAGCACAUCUUCAGUGGUCACGAGACUGUACCAUACUCAAUGAUUCCAAGAAAUUUGGCCCCCUUUCUGCCAGCAGCAUCAGGGCACUUCUGGAAACCUGACCCCCUGCACACUCUUCCUUGGCAGCAACUGCAAGAUUUUCAGACCCGCCAACUGCACCUACAAGCUAAAGUUCAAACGGAUCCAAAAUCACCAACAGAAGAACUGUCUCAGAGUCUAAGGAGGGUCUCCUCAACCACUCAUAUAUCCUCCUCAGAGGCACCUGCACCUCCACCACACCCUCAAUCCCUUCAGUCACCCUCUGCCUCGCUGGUUCCUGUGCGAAUUCAAAUGCAGGUGCCCUCCCACGGCAGCAUCACAUACUCCAGCUUGUCUCAGCUUUUUGACAGCCAAGCGAGGAACAUCGGCGCCUCGCUCAUGUUCUGCGGCGCCGCCUCUCAGGGCUCCAUAGCCAGUAUUGCUAUGCUGCAAGGGAUCGGGUUCGACAUAGCUCAGGUCUCUGGGCAACCUAGCGGACUUCUGCACAACCCGGAGCUGUCUCCGGCUAAAGUGAAGACGGGAAUACCUCUGUCCUUGACCUCCAAAACCAUCUCCACUACGGAGGCUCCUAGCGGUGGACGAGCCAAACGAAUGCUCUCCCCUGCCAGCAGCAUAGACCUCUUCAUGGAAUCGAAGCAGCAGAAACGAGUCAAAGAGGAAAAGAUGUAUGGGCAGAUAGUAGCCGAGUUGAGCGCUGUGGAACUCGGAAAUCCUGACAUAUCACAUCAGAAGGGGAGAAUCAAGGAGGAAAGGACACAGCGGGGAAUUUCUCCAUCCUUGUCAUCAUCAGACCUUUCAAAUGCUUCGAUGUCUGAACAAGACAAGGCCAUCACAUCACCCCGCAAGCUGUGCUACUCACCAGACAGCGGACCGGAGUCUCCUCAGAGCAUAGACAUCGACGGACCCGAGCAAGAUGUCAGAUGCGGGUCGGACUUGGUGCUCCCCGGCGCCAAUCUGACCAAGGAAGUCCGAGAUCUGCAGAAGCUGAUCGCCAGCCACGGAUUUGGUGCUGCUAUGCUGCUUGCUGACUUUGCCAACGCACAACUCUUCUCGAAGUUCCCAAGUCUUCACACAACGACAAGUGUGAGUUGGUGCUACCUCCACUCUACCAAGCCAAACAGUGCCCAGGCUGCUCCUCUGUUCUCAGUGUACGCCACGUGGAGCGUUAGAUCCUUCGACCCGAACCCACCCAAUCUGGCAACCAAAACAACACUGGCUCUUCUCCGCACCAAGCAGAAGAAGCACUCGGAUAUCUACACCAUCGCAGCAAUGUAUCAACCUGGAAUACUCGUUUCAUCUGUACUCUGGAAGCAGAGAUUUGGAGAGCUACAGGGAAAGCAAGACCUCAGAGAGGAAGAAGUAAUGAUGUACAAACGGACGGUGAAGGGCAUCAGAUCUGCUAAUAAAAACUCGAUGGAGGAUCAAAAGGAGGCGGAGGCUCAACCAAAGCAACCAGAACCAACACGUAUCAAAAUAUUUGAAGGAGGUUUCAAGUCCACGGAAGACUAUGUGUAUGUACGUGGUCGAGGACGAGGAAAGUAUAUCUGUGAGGAAUGCGGGAUUCGUUGUAAGAAACCCAGCAUGCUGAAGAAGCACAUCCGCACGCACACAGACAUCAGACCUUACGAGUGCAAGUCCUGUCAUUUCGCCUUUAAGACUAAAGGAAACCUCACCAAACACAUGAAGUCCAAAGCUCAUAUGAAGAAGUGUCUGGAGCUCGGGGUAUCCUUCACAUCAAUAGACAGUGUGGAUGACACCGACAACCCAGAGGACAUCUUGAGGGCAGGAGGGAAAACAAGGUCACUGGGCUCGACGGCAAUCAAGCAUCAGUUCUCCGACGUGGACGACUCUGAUGGCGCGGACGACGACGGAGACGAGAUAGACGAAGACGAGGACGAGGACGAUGACGAAGACGGCUCCACUCCCAGGACUCGCUCCAGGAGCACCAGCCCCUUACCGUGCGCCAUCACCUCCCCCCAUCUCCCCAGCUACCUCUCCCAGCUCCCCAGCAUCCAGGUGCACCCCUCCAUCUCCAGCAGGGAGAUGGCCCAUGCUCAUGGCCGACAACUGGGAGAGGGGCGUAUCAUGGCCAGCGAGGGGCGUAUCAUCAUGGGCAGCGAGGGGCGUAUUAUCAUGGGCAGCGAGCUGCAGUCCCGCUUGAGCGAGUCAAGGCAGAUUCAAGAGGAGGAUGAUGGAGUGGUCAUGGCCUCGUGUCAUCAUACAGCCGCCACAUCCUCCUUCCACUCCAGCAGCUCCUACCUGCUGUCGUUACCCCGAGACCCGUGUCUGACGCCUCAGCAGCGAAGCCCGUGCUUGACACCUCACCGGAGCCCCUCUCCCAGAGGAAGGGGUGGCGACUGCUCGCCACAAGGAGGUCUGUCGUCGCCACUGCGGGGCGUGUCCCCGAAAAGAGAAGUCUGUUUCCGCAGGGAUACCUCGCCGCUCCAUCAGCUUUCUCCCGGCGGCUCGCUGUGCCCUCGGGCCCUCUCUCCUCUCGGCCACGACGGAGGGGGCAUGGUCAGGCGUGAGCUGUCCCCCAGGGGGCGUCAGCGAGGCAUGCUCCGAGCGGUGUCCCCACGCAGGGGAUCCCAGCACAGCCGGGCACCGUGGGAGCAGGCCAGGGGUGCGAGACUGGACACGAGCCCCCACCACGGGCGUGCUGCUGCACUGGCUUCUCAUGCUGGCAUGGAGGCACAUAAACACAGCACUCUGCACAGCUUACAACUCCCCGGUGGAGGAGAAGCAACCCUCCGAGGUCAGCUGUCCGUGUCCGGCUGCCACUCUGACCUCUUCAGCCACCUCCCUUUGCACUCCCAGCAGCAGGCUCGGCCUCUGCCCCUGAUGCCUGUCGGCGGCAUCCAGAUGCUGCCUACCCAGCAGGCCACACCACCGCCACCGGCUGCCGUUACUACGAUGCCUCAACAUCACCACCACCCCUUGGGCCGCUCCUCCUCCACCACCUCCUCCUCCUGCACCUCCUCCUCCCAACAAUACCACCACCACUACCACAGUGGCCUGGUGGACCAAGCCGGGCCUGGCACUAGCCCACCAGGUGCUGCCCGGCCACGUUCGAGCGAUCAAGAACCAGAACCUCCAGGUCAGCGGGGGGAGCCAGCCGCAGCGCCCCGCCUCCUCAGCCCUCCUCCUCAGGACUCCUCCGGCAGGAGAGAGGCGGCCGCUGCAGCCUCCGCUCGGAGUAGCAGCAACGAGGGGGGGCAGCAGUCGGAGGAGAGUGUCCAGACGUGCACUGAAGCCAUCGCCUCUCUCAGGAUCACCACGGAGGACAAGUCCGCUCAGAGCUGAGCGCGACACAGAGCGCUUUCACACAGAACAAUCAGGAGGUGGUAGACACAGGUGAAGAAGGGAAAAGGGGGGGAAUUUUGAG